AUCUAAAUUAAAUAAAUAUUUAAUAAGAAUAAUAAUAUUAACUCUGUCAGGUUACACGAAUCCGACGUGGCCACGAUAAGGACACUAAGCCGAUCGAUAAGGCCAACCAUAAUUGACCAUUACAAAAUUAAAACUAGUACUUUAUAGCAUGCCUAUAAAUGAACAAAACUCUCACAUAUAUUCUAAUUCAAGUACACUAGAACUCCAACAAUGGCGUUGGCCAAUGCAGUAGAUUCCACCCAAGAAUUUCUGGAUGCUCAAACCCAUGUUUGGAAUCUCACUUUCAACUUCAUAAAUUCCAUGUCCCUAAAAUCCGCUCUUCAAUUAGGCAUACCCGAUAUCAUUCGCAAACACGGCAAGCCUAUCACACUUUCUCAACUAGCCGAUGCCCUUCCUAUCAACAAAGCCAAAUCCCACGGCCUCCACCGCUUGAUGCGGAUUCUAGUCCACUCCAAGAUCUUCGACCUGGUCAAGAACGAUGAAGGGGAAGAUGCUUACUCGCUCACGGUUGCUUCACGUCUCUUGCUCAGAGACGAGCCCUUUGGCUUUGCCCAUUUUGCACUAUCCAUGAUUGAUCCGGUCGUGGUUGAUUCGUUCCAUCACGUGACAGAAUGGUUCGGAGAUGAAUGCCCAACUCCAUUCUUCACCAGGAAUGGGACAACUGUUUGGGAAUAUGCAGGAAAUGAUAAGAAUUGGAAUAAACUGUUUAAUGAGGGAAUGGCUAGUGAUGCGAGGUUUACCGGAAACUUUCUUGUUGAGAAUUGCAAGCAUGUUUUUGAGGGCUUGAAUACUGUAGUCGAUGUUGCUGGCGGCACCGGGGCGGUGGCGAAGGCGGCCGCGGCCGCGUUUCCCGGCUUGAAAUGCACCGUGCUCGACCUCCCACAUGUUGUUGCUGGGCUUGAGGGGUCUCAGAAUCUGAGCUUUGUGAGUGGAAACAUGUUUGAAUUCAUUCCUCCUGCUGAUGCAGUUAUACUCAAGUGGAUACUACACGACUGGAACGAUGAGCAUUGUGUUAAAAUUCUGGAAAAAUGCAAAGAAGCAAUACUUGCCAGCAAAGAAAAUGGUGGAAAAGUUAUUAUUGUGGAUAUGGUUGUGGAUUAUGAGAAACAAGAAGAUAAAGCCAUUGAAACUCAUCUGUUUUUCGAUAUGUUGAUGAUGAUUGGGCUUGCAGGAAAAGAAAGAACUGAGAAAGAGUGGGCUAAGCUAUUUUCUGUAGCUGGCUUUCAAAAUUAUAAAAUCACUCCUAUCUUAGGAUUGAGGUCUGUGAUUGAGGUAUUUCCAUGAUAAUCAUUUGCUUGAGAUAAUAGUAUUAUUUUCUCUCAUUUUAUUGUGUUGUAUUGUGGCGAUGCCAUCUGGAUUUGUUAAUGUAAAAUUAUUAUAGACUAAUGCGUCUUUUAUA